UCGCGGAUCGCACCAGCAGGAAAAAACGGGUGCUGUUGUACUGUGCAUUGCCCAACCAUGAUGGACUGGGUCAGCUCCAAGGCCACCAGGCUCGUGAUCCUGUUGCUGCUGUCCCAGGCUUGUGUUCUCUGCUCGGGGUUCGUCCCAGGGGUGUCGCCGUCGGCCUCUCCGUACCUGGCGCAUCACGCCAAGUUCAGCCCCGACACGUCGACGACCAGCGCAGCAGGAUACGACUUCUUCCGUGCCCUGACCCUUGGAAGCAAGCGGAGUGGUACUGCUGAUGCCGUCACCAGCUCGCCAAGAAGGGGGCCAAUAAGUCGGCUGUCCAUGUCGAUGUCCCCAUCUCCUCCAGUCAAGCCGCCGCCCAAGAAACGCACGGGUGGCGGGGGGAACGGAGACGAGUUGUUCGUGCGUGAGCUGAUCGAACCGGAGAAGAGCGUAAUUCUUACGAGCUGGAGGGACUACGCCCAGCGGGACGGCGGGGAAAAGUUCGCCGAGUGCAUCGAGAUCCUCAACAAGAUGGUUGCGUGGAGAUCAGGGGUGGUUGCGGCACGCAAACGACGAUUCACCCUAGCGUGCUGCAAGGGCUCGAGUGUUCAAGCCGUGGCUUGCGUGCAAAUUGGACCGAAAAAUGAAUCCGUGCGGAGUUUUCUGGCCCAAGAGGCGUGCAUGUCGGUGUGCCUCUUAAACGUCGACCCGUCAAGUCCUAAGUUUAAGGCUGGGGCUCACCUGUGUAGAGAGAUCAAGGACAUUGGGAAGUUGGAGAACAUGGCGGUAUCGUUCGAUCCGAUCAAAGAUAUUUACUCCGGGCGCUUUUAUGCUGCAACUCUCGCCAUGUAGAGGUGGGCGGAGGCACGAAAGAGCUUAUUUGGCCGCCCCACCCCACCCCCGCGUGGUACACCGGUGAAGUGCGGCGAUUCGACGGUUGGUCGAUCACCUCCCCCACACGUGGUGACGCUACGCGGGACACGGGGUUGUAUGUAGGGACGUGAAAUUGGUGCAAGCUGCCGCCACGGAUGGUUCCCCGGAUUCCUUCUGGUUCUUGUUUUUUGGCUUGAGAAAAAAGCCGUGCGUCAUAGGCGUGGGCAACAAGAGCAGCCAUUCGCAUUGAGCACAACCAGCGUUGGAUGGCUUGGCGAUAUAUGAAUGCACACAGGCCUGCUUAUCGCACGGCUUGCCCAUUGCUACCGGGCCAAACAUGUGUCCCGAUCGUGCUAGACGGCAACCGUCGUUGUGUAACGCCCGCGUUUUGUUAGUGAAAAGGGAUCCCGCGGCGGGUGAUAGAACCGCCGUGUGAUCCCACCCUUUUGAGCUUCUUGAGCUGUGUGCCAUAGUGCUCUUUGGACUGCUGUUGGUUGUGUACGUCUGUUGGGGUUCGCUUGCCUACAAGACGUUGGUUUUUCACCAGAGCAGGUAAAUCACACGUACAAUGUAGCUGUUUGGGUGUACUUUUUAAUCUGGGACUAGGGGGGGUAAUGGCCUGGCAGGCCUGGUGUCCUCGCAUGUGUAACUCGGAGUCGCAUGUGUAAAUCGGAGUUCGUGCGUCGCAUGACGUGUCUGGCAGAAGUAUCUGCCGUCUAGUGUUUUUUUUUUGGUCGAAUGUUCAAUGUACAUGAUGAGUUGUUGCUGGCGGUGUGUGGGUCAAUAGUCAGACGGGACGCUCCUGUCGAAACAUGUCACGUUGUGUGUCGGUAAUAGCCUGCGCGAAAUUUGUGUCUUGGGCGACGAGCAGCGUGGUGUAUGAUGUAGAGGGCGGUGGACAGAAGAGAGCAUGAACGAACUCAAGCGUUGUACCAUGCGCGAAGGGAUACGACGCGGGGUGCUUUAAGUGGUAGGGGCCGCCUCCGGCUGCCUAUUCACCGAACUGUUUCAAGUUUUGUUGUCAUCAUUGAAAGCAUGAAAUUCAGCCAAAAUUAUAAAAUUAUG